AUGGGCGGCGGGAACUUCGGCCUCUUCAACCAGAGCGUCGGCACGGUCGCGACCGGCGACGACCGAGCCGUGGCCGUUGAGUUUGACACAUACUUGAACGAUGGCUUCGACCCCAGCGGCAGCCACAUGGGCAUUGACACCAACUCCAUCAUCUCACGGGCCUACACCAACGCCACCGUGCCUGGCAGGAACCUAACGUCCGGCCUCCCAAUGACUUGCAACAUCACCUACGGUAACGACACAAAAAUCCUAGCAGCUCUUCUCCAGAUCGGCGACACGACGUAUCGCGUCAACAUGACUGUUGACCUCAGGCAGUUCUUACCUAAUCUAGUGGCCAUCGGCUUCUCCGGUGCCACUGGCAAGGCGGUUGAACUACACCAAAUAGUUUCCUGGUCAUUUGACUCCACCCUGGAUCCGCCGCGUGAGAGCCCCGGGAGUCGCCCUCCUGCACCUAAGACCCUGUUGCUAGUAGAAAUAAUAACUGGACCAGUUAUUGGAGUCAUUGCAAUGUGCAUCUUUGUUGGUGUCCGUCGAUGGCAGCUAUUCAUGAGAAAAAAGCGUUACAGAGCUCUUGCCAGAGGCCUUGGGCCUAUUGGUUAUCAUAGGUUGGCAUGUGCAACCAACCAAUUUGCAGAGGAAAACAAGCUUGGGCAAGGAGGUUCUGCUUCUGUUUAUGAGGGCCAACUGGCAAGUCCAAGUAGACCGGUGGCGAUAAAGAUAUUCAAGCAAACAUCAUCACGCGAGUGGAGGAAGGCGUUCAAGGACGAGCUCAAGAUUGCGAGUCGGCUCAGGCACCGGAACCUUGUCGAAUUGAUAGGCUGGUGCUGCGAUGGCCAGAGGAGCCUCGUUGAGUUUAUAUGUUGGUGGCGGGAUGACAUGUGCACACGUCUCUUUCUUGUGUAUGAGCUUGUGCCACAGGGUAGCCUCGAUCAACACCUACACGAGGGCAAGAGUUGGUUACCAUGGUCCAAGAGGUACGAGAUCAUCCUCGACCUAGGCUCUGCACUGCAAUACCUCCAUGUAGAUUGCGAGCAACACCAACAGUGUAUUGUACAUGGUGAUAUCAAGUCCAGCAACGUGUUGCUUGGGUCUUCAAAUGGUGCCAAAUUAGGUGAUUUUGGAUUGACAAGAUUUGUUCACCAAGAAACCGGGUCAAAGACCACAGACCUUGUGCAGGGCACUUGGGGAUAUAUAGACCCUGUGUUCCUUAACACGAGCCAGCGGAACAGGCAAUCAGACAUCUACAGUUUUGGCAUUGUCCUACUAGAGAUGGUCUCUGGAAGGGACCCAACGGCGAGACUCGAUGGUAUGCCUCCGUUAUCGUCAUGGGUAACGAGUUUGUACCACAACGAUGCGAUCCUUGAGGCUGCAAAUGACAGGUUGAUAGGCGGCGAGUCCAGUAUUGGGCGACAACAAAUGGAGCGUGUGCUACUUGUCGGGCUCUUGUGUGUGCACCAGGACCCGAGCAGCCGGCCGUCCAUCACGCACGCCAUGGAUUCCCUGCGAUCGGAGGAGCUAAAACUGGACAUCACUCCCCUGGCACCGGUGACACUGUCCCUACCAUAG